UACAAGAACCAAAGGGGUUAUGUCUUUUUGCGCUUUGAUUGAAAACAUUUGGCCAUUGUGUAAUAACAAGCUGUUCCUUCUUCCUUCCAUUGUUACUCCUUUGGUACUAUUUGUUACCCUGUCCCAUCAUCGGAGCAUCUCUCGUGAUUCUCUCGCUUUCUCUGUUCAUCGUUUUCUUUCUGUAUGCCCAGAAGAAUGGCGGGGGCAAGGAAGAAAGGACAAGCUCCUCAGUACUGUGGGAAUCAACCUUUCCCUCCAAAUUUAUCUUGUGGCAGAAAUUUGAGGAAGAGUGAACUUGGUGCUGUAAUCUUUGGAUGCAAGAACGCCACAAUGAAAGAAUGCCUCUCUAAACAACUCUUUGGCUUACCAGCUCAGCACUUCUCUUAUGUGAAGAAUAUUGAUCCAGGAUUGCCUCUGUUUUUGUUUAAUUAUACUGACCGGAAGCUUCAUGGAAUUUUUGAGGCAGCUAGCAAAGGGAGAAUGUUUAUAGAUCCCUAUGGAUGGACUACUGAUGGUUCAGAGAAAACACAAUAUCCUGCACAGGUGCAAAUUUGUGUUCGACUUAAGUGCCAGCCACUGUCCGAAGAUAAAUUUAAAGAAUUACUUGCAGACAACUACUACACUCAUAACCAUUUCUGGUUUGAGCUAGACCAUGCGCAAACAAGCAGACUUAUUUCGUUACUAUCAUCUGGAUCAAUUGUCUCUGGUAAUUCUGUCUCGCAGAAUACACCAAAUUGGAUGACUUUAUCUCGACCUCUUACAUCAAAUGAGACUUCGAGGGAAGAUGAAACAUCUAAAAGGCUUGAAUUAGAGACAGACUAUUCUACCCACUCAAGUACAAGAAAAUAUUGGACAGAAAAUGAUUCUUCUUUUGUAGAACACAACCAGCCAUUAGAUACUACUGAGGUUGAGAAUGAAGUACACAAGGAUGAGGCUGAGAACGAAGUACAUGAAGAUGAAGUUGAGAACAAAGUACAUGAGGAUGUGUUUAACGGCGUACAUUUGAAACUGAAGGAGUUAACUGUUAACUAUCUGGAGCAGAGACUGAUUGAGGCAGAAAGGGAAAUUCAGCAUCUUAAAGAUCGUUGUAAAGUUUUAGAAUCUGCUUGUAAUAUCCCUAAUCGUUUGGAACAUGUUGAGAAGGAAGUAAUAAAGUCGACAGCUGAUUUAGAUCCCAAAGAUUCAUUAUUUUUAAUUGGAGGUUUUGAUGGAAGAUCAUGGUUAGCAACUAUGGAUUUGUACUGUACUUCUCAGAGUGUGACCAGACCUCUUAAGCCUAUGAACUCAGUUCGUUCAUAUGCUUCAGUUGUGCGGUUGAAUAGUGAGAUUUAUGUUUUUGGUGGUGGAAAUGGUUGUGUUUGGUAUGACACAGUUGAAUCAUACAAUCCAGUUCAUGAUAACUGGACCAUGUGCCCUUCUUUGAACAAGAAGAAAGGAAGCUUGUCUGGUGCUGCUUUAUAUGGUAAAAUUUUUGCUGUUGGUGGUGGCAAUGGAAUUGACAUCUAUGCAGAUGUUGAGAUGCUUGAUUUUGAUAUUGGGCGGUGGAUCCCUACACGCUCAAUGCUAAGCAAGAGAUUUGCUCUUGCUGCAGUUGAACUCAACGGGUCAAUUUAUGCCACUGGCGGGUUUGAUGGAAAUGAUUACUUAAGGUCUGCUGAAAGAUUUGAUCCUAGGGAACAUUCUUGGACCAAAAUACCGGACAUGAAUGUAAAGCGGGGCUGCCACUGCUCAGUUGUUUUGAAUGAAAAGUUGUACGCCCUUGGUGGUUUUGACGGCAAAAAAAUGGUUCAAAGUAUCGAGUUGUUUGAUCCUCGUCUUGGGGCAUGGAUAAUGGGGGAACCAAUGAUUCAUCCACGGGGGUAUUGUGCUGCUGUAGUUGUCAAUGAAUCCAUUUAUAUGCUUGGAGGAGUUAGGAUUGGCGAGAACAUUGUAGAUACAGUUGAGAAUUAUAAAGUCGGUCAGGGAUGGCAGGAAACUUGCAGAUCAGCAGCUGUUAAUAGGUGUUUCUUGUCAGCCAUUGCUUGCAGUCAGGAGUAAGAAAAUAAGGUUCUUGAGUGCAUAAAACAUUUUAUAGUGCAUUAACAUUGUAUAUAAAUGAGUUUGUUGGAUAUUUCUAAAGGUGAACCCUUUUCAUUUUUCAUCAACUAAAAUCUGAAGUUGUAAGUGUUUGGUAAUUGACCAUAAGGGCACUCACCAUAGAUACUAGGGUUAGUAUGCUAAUAGAGUAGUCAUAUAUAGUUGUUUGCAGUCAGAUAUACUGGGAUGCUACUUGUAUGAACCUAAUUUGUUAAUAUGCUCCAGUAUAGAUUCUGGCUCAA